UUUUUUUUUUAAAUAAAACUAUCAUUCAUUGUUUAUACUGGUCCUGAAAAAAUUGCGUUUAUUGAACUGCGCUUUUGAAUUGAAUCCACUCGUCAAAAAUCAAAAUAUUGGCUAAUUUUUCUUUUUGACCUUUCUCUUCCUUUUAUUUAUUUUAAUCACAUAACAUGAUUUUUGGGUUUUAAUCAUAUAGAUUUGGGUUUCAUUUGGAUAUUUUUACUUGUAAUUUAUAUUUGCAUCAGACAUGGAUAUAGACAUCGAAGUUAAACCAGAGAAGGAAAGUGAAAUAAAUUAUGCUUGUCCAUACGAGGAGUGUGAUAAACAGUACUCAAGGCCUUCACUUUUAGAACAACAUCUUCGUACACAUUCGAAUGAGCGUCCAUAUGUUUGUCAACAUCCAGGAUGCGAAAAAUCUUUCUUUCGAAGUUCUCAUUUGAAAUCUCACCAGCGUUUUCAUACGAGAAUUAAGCCCUUUACUUGCACCUAUGAAGGAUGCUCUUCUUCAUUCUAUACGUUACAACAUCUGUUACGGCAUGAAGUUAUCCACAAGAAACCUAAACCAUACGUCUGUACAUGGGAGGGUUGUUCACAACGGUUUGUAAAACAUCAACAGCUUCGAUUGCACAUAGCAAAUGAACAUACUCAUGCGUCUCCUUUCCCUUGUACUCAUGCAGGCUGUACUCAAGGAUUUUCGACCAAACAAAAACUGCAAAACCAUAUCAGUCGUAUUCACGAAAAAGUGGUGACCUACAAAUGUCCUCAUGAGUCUUGUAUUGAUAGUCCUGGAUUUGAGAAAUGGAGUCAACUACAAGGACAUAUUCGCGAAGCUCACGUACCUACUUGUUCCUUAUGUGGAAGACGAUUUCGUAGCGCGGCUCAUCUUCGGCACCAUGUUACGCUUCAUAUGACAACGCUCGAAGAAAGGAAGUCUUUUAAGUGCUCUUAUGAAGGGUGUUCCAAAUCUUUUACUAGAAGCUCUGCGUUGAGGAAGCAUAACCAUGUGAUACACGAGGGUGCAUUACCUUUCUCUUGCCCCAACUGCGGAACAAAGUUUGGAUACAAACAUAUGCUUCAAAGGCACAGCGAGAAAAGUGCAUGCCUUCAAUCAAGUAUCUCUCCAGUCAAUGAAACUAGCAGACCAAACUCCCCGGUUUCUUUCUUUGAAGACACCUGUAAAGUGGAUUUAUCGCACACUUCUUCUAACGUCGAACAAGUUGUAAACCAACUCACGGGAUACGGUUACGAAGAUAAUCGCCUUUUCCCUUGUCUAGUUCCUGGCUGUGAGUACCGAUUUAAAAGACUUUACGAUCUUCAAAGACACGGAACUUCGUAUCAUGAUAUACCUUCGACUGAAAUAAAUACUCUCAAUGUAGAGGCUAUGUCAAACUCUUAGUUAACAGAGUAUCAAAUGUUGUUUUCAUAUUUUAUUUUAUUUUAUUGAUUACACUCAAAAAGCUUUUUAGCUUGUCAUUUUGAAAAUAGGACAACAGAUUUUUGCGUAAAUUUGCCUUUUGCCUUUUCAGAGCGAUUUAAGGCGUAAAGCAUUACAGCUGUUUAUGUGAAGAUGGGGUAACUAGUCAUAGAUUAAAUAGAAACGUAAACAUAUGCAAACAAAGAAAUUCUCUCUUAAUAAAGUCA